CAACAAUGGCGCGAUCCUCUUUUUCCGGCUCCGUAACCGCCAAUCUGCUCCGUCUUAUCCUCCGAAUUAACUCUGUCAACUGCCCUUGGCCUGAAGUUAACCGGGCCUAGCUCCAUGGGCCGGCCCAAACCUGGGUAUUUUCCAAGCGCUUGGUCCGAAGUUGUGUAAAUGAUUCAUUUGGGCCACCCACUGGGUAUCGGCCUAUCAUAAGCCCCCCAACUCCUCAAUCCUCGACUGGGCCAUGUGGAGGAAUGGGGAGUUUGCAAAGUCCACGUGGGCGCUCCAGCGUGGAUCCGGGCCGUUCCUUGGGUUCCGCUUGACAUUUGGGCACGAUCUCCACGAAUAGGUAAUCAUGACCUGCCGAUUCGCCUCCCCACUGUCAGUUAAAAACCGCUGCUGGACGCCAUCUCUUUCUUUUGCCUUCUUCAUCAUCAUUCGUCUGCAAUUCCGCUGCUUACCCGACCCGUUCUUCUUCCUUUCCAGGUCAGUUCCUUUUUUCACCGCCAUGAUUGUUUCAGAUUUCGAUUCGGCUACCCCAUCGUCCAAUUCUCUCCAAGCCAAUCAAUCGGCCUCUGGUCGUAACCCCGACCACACCCAAUCCUCCAAGCCAUCACCAUCGGCCGUGUCGGGCCACAAACGGCGUCGAUUGAGGAAGCAAUUCCCUUCCUCGAUCCCGGUAGAUGAGGGCUCGAGGGUUGAAUUGGACGAAAACAUCAUGGCGCUGUGCCAUUGCAAGAUUACUGACCGGGGGUUCGCCGAUGCCACUGACAUGGUUGGACCUUCCAUUGAAGUCCUGAGACCUACCAGCACCCAAACCGCCCUGGACGCACCUACAGGGUUCUUCACGGUCCAUCUGGCAUCUUUGAAGAAGGGGCUGCGCUUCCCACUCCACCCAUUGUUGAUCGAAUUCCUCAACGUGGUGGACCUUCUUCCGUGUCAACUGGUCCCCAACUCUCACCGGUACAUCGCCGGUUAUCUGGUCCGGUGCAAGGAUGUAGGGGUGAAGCCGACCUUGGACCAUUUCUUAUUUACUUUCAAGCUGACCAAGGGCCAUAUGGAUUGGGCGUCCUAUGCCAGCCUUUCCCAGAGGUCCAGUAAACUCUUUGCUAGUGACAAGAAGGGAUCAACCAAAGACUGGAAGCCUUUCUUUGUCUUUGUUUCGACGGGGCCCGAAUCUCCUUUCACAGGUUCUGGGCGCCCUUCUUUCCGUCGCAUCCCGUGCCCCCCAUCUGAUGCCACCCUCUUGUCCAUCACUCGCCAACUUUGCAACAAGGGAGUCAUGAACAUCAAAGAGGUGGUGACAGAGGAAACCCUUGCCGGGUUGGGGUUUGAGUUCGUCCAGGAUGAGCUUCGUCACCGGCCCGACCUGCUAAGGGACACCCCCGGGGUCGAGUCGCCAGACCUAGAAGAAGAGAUGGACAGUGAUCUCCUGCUCAGUCGCUUCACAGCAGGGAAGAAGAGGAAGAGAGAAACGAGGGGCCAAAACAAACGCUCUUCAUCUCACCAAAGGGAAAGUCUCCCCCGAGAACCGGCCGUAAUUGUGGUGGAGGACCAAGAUGAUGCUACCCUGGAAACGGGUACAAUGGCUGGCCGGUCCCCUCCACGCUCCGUGAUGCCGGGUGGCGACCUCACUGGAUCGUCCCAGGGUUCUGAGGACGACCUUGACAACAUGGUCCUCUUGAGGCUUAGUCAGGCAGCCAAGGCCAAGCAGGAGGAAUUGCAGGAAGAGGUCGCUCGACUCACAAGGGAGCUGGAGGAGAAGGAAAAUCACUGCGCGGCACUUGCUGCAGAGAAAGCCUCCCAGGAGAACCGCUGCGUCGCCCUUGAGGCUGACAAGGCCUCCUUGUCCUCUGAGGUGGAAUCUGUCUCUGCUCGUGUGGUCGAGCUGGAAGGGGAGAAGUUUGACCUGAUCCAGCAGCUGGAGAGGGAGAGGAGCGACCGGGCCCGCCACGCAGAGGAAGCGGUAGAAUCCUUCAAGUCUUCUCCUGAUUUCACGAUGGUCGCGAUGGAGCGGAUGGACAAGUUAACAGCCGCUUGGCUCCAAACUAAAACUGGGGCUCAAUGGAUGGUCAAGGAAGGGACUAAGUCCUUCAAUUGCGGACUCUUUCGCGCCCAACAAGUCUUCCGUGACAGACUAGCUCAGCUCCCCAAAGGAUUUUCUCUUCCCGACCUUGGGUUCCCCCCUCCCUGUCGCUCCUUGGCCGAGUUUGACCCCAGUCCUUACUUGGACAGAGGGAGCUCGAGCGCCUCUGAAGGAGAAGAAGAAGAAGGAGAAGAAGAUGGUCCAGGUGACCAGAAUCCGGGGGCUAGCUUAGCCACAUCCAAGGCUGGUGGAAACCCCAGCUCGAGCGCUUAACCUCCCUUGCUAUUCUCUUUUUUGGCUUUGUUAGAUACUUGUAAUUUUUCCUUCGGAAUGACUUGUCGUUUUGAUACAAUGUUCCCAUGUUAUUUGACUUGUUGGAUUUAUCAUGUGCUUCCCUUUUCCAGCGUUUUACUCCCUUCUUUAGUUUAGCUGAUUUGCAUGUAUGUUUUAGUUUGGGCCCAACUUCUGAUCCCGGCCCAAUUAUCCGACCAGGCCCAAUCUCAGGAUUGG